AUGGGGAGAGGAAGAGUGGAGCUGAAGAGGAUAGAGAACAAGAUAAACAGGCAAGUCACAUUUGCAAAGAGAAGAAAUGGGCUUCUGAAGAAAGCUUAUGAGCUCUCCGUUCUCUGUGAUGCUGAGGUUGCUCUCAUCGUCUUUUCCAACCGUGGCAAGCUCUAUGAGUUUUGUAGCAGCCCUAGCAUUCUCCAAACCGUAGACAGGUACCAAAAGUGCAGUUAUGGUGCGGUGGAUCAAGUCAACAUACCUGCAAAGGAACUUGAGAGCAGCUAUCGUGAGUACAUGAAACUCAAAGGUAGAUGUGAGUCCCUACAACGAACUCAGAGAAAUCUUCUUGGUGAGGAAUUGGGUCCAUUAAACACAAAGGAGCUUGAGCAGCUUGAGCGCCAACUUGAGGCCUCCUUGAAGCAAGUUAGGUCCACUAAGACCCAGUAUAUGCUGGACCAACUUUCUGCCCUUCAGAACAAGGAACAACUGUUAAUCGAAGCCAACAGGGAUUUGACAAUGAAGUUGGAUGAAAUUGGUUCAAGAAAUCAACUUAGACAGUCAUGGGAAGGAGGUGACCAGGGUAUGGCAUAUGGAACCCAACAUCACCAUGCUCAAUCCCAAGGGUUCUUCCAGCCUUUAGAUUGCAAUCCCACUUUGCAAAUAGGGUACCCUGCAGAGGGGUCAGAGCAGAUGGGUGCCACAACUCAUGCCCAACAAGUGAACUGUUUCAUCCCCGGAUGGAUGCUUUGA